CUGUUGCAGUCGAUACAUCUAAGUCAGCACACGCAAAACUUUGCUGACCUGUGGUCAAUGGGUGUGGAGCUGACCACUAAAGAUAAACUGGAAUGCGCAAUGUACUGUCUCCAAAACCAGACUGGUUGUCAAAGUUUUUCAUUUGAUCAACAGACAGGAACGUGUCGUUUAGGUUACUGUGUCAUCUCCUGGCCUAAUAGUACAAGUUCUACGGUACAGUUGUAUCAGGUACAGCAGCCCAAGUGUGAAAACACAUCAGGAUUCCAGGUCUACACCUCUGGUAACAUCAGCGCUUGUCUCUGGGUGUCUUUCGAAUGGAAAACAUUUACUGAAGCUGUAGAUGACUGCGCAGCAAUGAACGCAACCUUGAUAUCACUGAAGUACGCAGAGAAACUGGAGAUCCUGAGGAACAAUUUCUCCAUUUACACAUUCAUCGGACUUGAUGACUUGAUAACAGAGGGCACGUAUGUCUGGCACGAUGACCUAACUGUCAUACACAGUGAGCUCAUCCCGCAAUUAUUCCGAGAAGGGGAACCAAACAAUAACAAUGGCGAGGAAGAUUGUGUGUACUAUGAACCCGAUACAUUUGCCCUCAACGACGUCAUUUGCACAACAUACAGCAAUUAUAUUUGCGAAAAAUUGUGUUUUGAUUAUUGA